GCCCGCAGCCCCCUCGGCCCCGGGCCCUCCUCCCUUUCUCCCUCCAGCCUCUCCCCUUCCUCCUGCCUCCGCGGCCGCCCCGUUUUCGCUGAAUGGACCUCGGGGCGCGGCGCGGGGCGCCCGGCUGCUGGGGGUCUCCCCGACACUCGUGGCGGGGGUUUAUCUGCACCUGUCCCGGCUUCGGGGUGCCCGGGUUCCCGCGGGGCAGCCGCGCCGCGGCCGCGCGUCCUCGCCGGUCAGGGCGCCCCUUCCCCGGCCCGCUCCGGGAGCCCCCGCCCGGCGCACAAGUUUGCCGGCCGCCGCGUGUGGGGGGCGCCCCGCAGGGGGGGUCCACCUGUCAGCCCCUGAAGCCCGGGGUCCGCGGCGUGCGUCCUUGGCGAGAGGGUUCUCCGGCCAUCGUGGGGGGCGGGGGCCGGUCUUGGGGAGCGCUCCCAACCUCCUGCCCUUGGAGCGGGGGUGGGGAGGGCUACCCGGGAGGGCCUGAGCGCUCGCGUCCGCCCGUUUGGGGCGCACGGCCGCGCCGGAGCAGCCCCCGCACCCCGCAGCCGGAGCUCGCCUGAGCGUUUGAUCGCACGUGGGGUCUUCGGCGGCGGGACCUUCCCCAGUCCUGGGAUGGGGUGGUGGUGCGAGGGUCGGGCUGCAAACCCCGCCGGAAGGGAAGGGGCCGGCGACCCCGCGAGUGCCGCCUUUGUCUGCAGGCACACUUUGCGCAGGUGGCCGGGCGCGGAGAGCAGCGGGGCCUGCGCCGGCCGCCGGCCCGUGGGAAGCCGGCACGUGGGUGUGGCUGGCGCCGCCUUCCCGGGCGGGCGAGGCUCGGGCGGGGGCGAGGAGCGUGGCGAGCGCCUCGGCGGCUGCAGGAACCCGGCGGGCACCGCCUCCGGCACUGCGCCGCGGCCCGGCGCCAGGCCCGGCGGCUUCAGCGUUGGCCUGGGCGCCCCUGGGCGACCGCAGCGCGCAGGCGGCGAGGGGUGCCCGCCGCGCCCUCUCGGCAUAUGCCGGUGCAGCUGACAACAGCCCUGCGUGUGGUGGGCACCAGCCUGUUUGCCCUGGCAGUCCUGGGGGGCAUCCUGGCAGCCUACGUGACAGGCUACCAGUUCAUCCACACGGAAAAGCACUACCUAUCCUUUGGCCUCUACGGCGCCAUCCUGGGCCUGCACCUGCUCAUCCAGAGCCUCUUCGCCUUCCUGGAGCACCGGCGCAUGCGGCGCGCAGGCCGCGCCCUCAAGCUGCCGUCCCCGCGCCGGCGCUCUGUGGCGCUCUGCAUCGCCGCCUACCAGGAGGAUCCCGACUACCUGCGCAAGUGCCUGCGCUCAGCCCAGCGCAUCGCCUUCCCCAACCUCAAGGUGGUCAUGGUGGUGGACGGCAACCGCCAGGAGGACGCCUACAUGCUGGACAUCUUCCACGAGGUGCUCGGCGGCACCGAGCAAGGCGGCUUCUUCGUGUGGCGCAGCAACUUCCACGAGGCAGGGGAGGGCGAGACAGAGGCCAGCCUGCGGGAGGGCAUGGACCGCGUGCGGGAUGUCGUCCGCACCCACACCUUCUCGUGCAUCAUGCAGAAGUGGGGAGGCAAGCGCGAGGUCAUGUACACGGCCUUCAAGGCGCUCGGCGACUCCGUGGACUACAUCCAGGUGUGCGACUCUGACACUGUGCUGGACCCCGCCUGCACCAUUGAGAUGCUCCGAGUCCUGGAGGAGGACCCCCAAGUCGGGGGAGUUGGUGGAGAUGUCCAAAUCCUCAACAAGUAUGACUCGUGGAUCUCCUUCCUGAGCAGUGUGCGGUACUGGAUGGCCUUCAACGUGGAGCGGGCCUGCCAGUCCUACUUUGGCUGCGUGCAGUGUAUUAGCGGGCCCCUGGGCAUGUACCGCAAUAGCCUCCUCCAGCAGUUCCUGGAGGACUGGUACCACCAGAAGUUCCUAGGCAGCAAGUGCAGUUUCGGGGAUGACCGGCACCUCACCAACCGAGUCCUCAGCCUCGGCUACCGGACUAAGUACACAGCACGCUCCAAGUGCCUCACAGAGACCCCCACCAAGUACCUCCGGUGGCUCAACCAGCAGACCCGUUGGAGCAAGUCUUACUUCCGCGAGUGGCUCUACAACUCCCUGUGGUUUCAUAAGCAUCAUCUCUGGAUGACCUAUGAGUCCGUGGUCACGGGUUUCUUCCCCUUCUUCCUCAUUGCCACAGUCAUCCAGCUGUUCUACCGUGGCCGCAUCUGGAACAUUCUCCUCUUCCUGCUGACUGUGCAGCUGGUGGGCAUUAUUAAGGCCACCUAUGCCUGCUUCCUUCGGGGCAAUGCCGAGAUGAUCUUCAUGUCCCUCUACUCCCUUCUCUACAUGUCCAGCCUCCUGCCCGCCAAGAUCUUUGCCAUCGCCACCAUCAACAAGUCCGGCUGGGGCACCUCUGGCCGGAAAACUAUCGUGGUCAACUUUAUUGGCCUCAUCCCCGUGUCCAUCUGGGUGGCAGUCCUCCUGGGGGGGCUGGCCUACACAGCGUACUGCCAGGAUCUGUUCAGCGAGACGGAGCUGGCCUUCCUCGUCUCGGGGGCCAUCCUGUACGGCUGCUACUGGGUGGCCCUCCUUAUGCUCUACCUGGCCAUCAUAGCCCGACGGUGUGGGAAGAAACCAGAGCAGUAUAGGCUGGCUUUUGCCGAGGUGUGAGCCAGUCCUUAGAGUGCAGCGCGGGAAA